AUGGCCACAGACCACCAGAACCCUGCAUCCAAGCAGCAGCAGCCAGGUGCCAGUGCGUUUAAGCUGGUCAUCUAUGAGCAGGAGAACUUCCAGGGGCGCUGCCAUGAGCUGACUGGUCCCUGUAACAACCUCCAGGAAGCAGGCGUGGAGAAAGUGGGCUCCAUACUGGUGCUGUGUGGACCAUGGGUGGGAUACGAGCAGCCCAACUGUAAGGGGGAGCAGUAUGUGUUUGAGAAGGGGGAGUAUCCUCGCUGGGAUUCCUGGACCAACAGCAGGCGUAGUGACACCAUUGUUGCAUUCCGCCCGAUUAAAGUGGACAGCCAGGAGCACAAGAUUGUCCUUUACGAAAACCCCAGCUUUGCAGGGAAGAAGAUAGAAAUCAUAGAUGAUGAUGUCCCCAGCUUUCACGCACACGGCUACCAGGAGAAGGUCUCCUCUGUCCGGGUCCAGAGUGGCACCUGGGUGGGCUAUCAGUAUCCAGGAUACAGAGGCUAUCAGUACCUGUUUGAAAAGGGGGAGUAUAAGGACAGCGCUGAGUUCGGGGCCCAGAUUCCUCAGAUCCAGUCGGUUCGGCGCAUCAGAGACAUGCAGUGGCAUCAGAGGGGUGCUUUUCACCCCGUCAACUAA